AACGUCACAGUCAAAAUUGUUGACAAGCACUGUCAAACGUUAGUUACUCCAAAAUCAAUUUUCAGUUGUUUCUGCUCCGGUGGGCAAACUCUGGCUAUUAUUUUAGUGUACCCGGUGUUGAUUGAAGCACUUCAAACAAUCCCGUCCAUGCUGCUAACACGAUUAGGUGGCUGUAUUUUUAUGUCUUAAAGUAUUGCGAAUCGGUGUGGUGAAUAGUGUGUUCCGGUCGCUAAAAUUGCGUACCAAUUCCAUGUGACGAGCGGGAGCGAAAAAAUAAACUCCUGUGGACGCCGGGCUUGUACGCAAUCAAAACAAACCCAACCUGGUCGAGUGGUUGCUGCAGGCAGGUUUGAUUUUAAUCUAAUAAAAUUGCCGCUUGCCUGAGCAUAUUCCGGUUUUGGCAUCGUGCUAGGAUCAGCAGCAGCAGCAGCAGUAGCAGUGCGAGAUUGAGGACAGUUCUUGCAAAAAGGGUGCCGGAACAGUAUAGUUGUCCGGCCGGGUCGGCCUCACACACCACGCCACCGGCACCACCCCGACCAACGAGCGGAAUAAUGAACUCGAACUAUGUAAAAAAGUGUACCGAGUUCUUGCAGAACAUACCGGCCCACAAACCGGCCGCAACCAAUAUUGCUGCUGCCGGUGUUGCGGUUGCUCAUACCGAUCCAUCCUGCUCCAGCCAUCCGCAGCAACCGCAAUCGAACGGGCCCGACAACAGUGCGAGUAAAAAAACAGCCCGAAGGGCAGGUCGUCCGGCUGGUGGAAGUUUCGGUGUUGGAAAGCGUCCCGUUUGGCGUCACCCCGGUUCCAGCCCAGCUGCUGGGUUUCCCCGCCCGCUGGACCGUUCUCAUUCGCCAACGCACACGGCACAGCACAAAUUCGUCAGGUCUUGCUGUCCUUCACGCCGUCCAGACACUUCACAGCCCGGACGGGGUCGGGUGGAUUGCCGGUGGGAUGAGCAGGCCGGGAAACAUCCUCCACCAGUCGGUGACAUGAUUUCGGACCCGAUACAGGAAGGUCGUGGAGACGCAGAUAACGUCAAUCACUCGGAUGGAAUUGGACAGACGAACGUGCGAAGCACGGUCGAGAUACCGACGGUCAGUACGGUGGACGGUGCCGAACCGGGACACAAUCGUCCACCUGAGGAAUGUCAGGACCGUCAACCGCUGUCCUGGUCCGGGAUACUGUCCAAAGCGAGUCCUCUUCCAUCUGUCAGCGAACGAAAGGAUGGUACAAACGCUGCGCAAGACAACCCCGAAUGCCCGAACUGUCAGCUGCUGCAGCGAAACUGGCAGGACGAUCGGUACCGGCACGCCCAGGAAAGCGCCCAGUUAACGGAGCAGAUUAAUUAUCUGCAGAAACAACUCCGGGUGAACAACAAGGCCGAGCAAAGGAUGGAAGAAGCGAUGAAGGAACGCUGUCGUACCAUGGAGCAAGAUAUUACGAAAUUAAAGCUCGCGGUCGACGAGAAGAACGUUGAGCUGGUGUUGAUUAACGAUCUGAAACGGAACCUCAAGGAAGUGCAAAGCAAGCUGAGGCGGGCGGACCGCGAGCGAGCCGAGCUGGAAAAGCGUUUAAUGGUGGCUCAGCUGGAGAAUCAGAAGCUUGAGCUUUUCUUGGACGCUCAAGCCUUACACUUGCGGAAGGUGAAAAGUGAGCUGGGCCACAUUCACCGGCUCUCCAUCAAGCAGAUAGAAUUUCUGGACGACGACUCAACCGACGGUGCGCUGACGCUGGCCGUCGAUGCGGGCAGUGUCGCACGUCAUCACCGUCAUCCAUCGCUGCAUAAUUAUGCGCCCGCUGUACAGUCUUCCGAGUGCGAUACGACCACCUCGAACGCGACCGAUGCAACUUCCACCAUCCAAUCACAUCCUUCCUCCCUUGGGACGCACCCGAAGGACCACCAGCGCUCCGCAGCUCGUCGAAACGAGUCCAAACAAUCGCUUUCGUCGCAAUCGUCCAGAAUCGUACUCGAGGCGUCUACGAAACGAAAAUCUCAUUCCCGUUCGACCGCCACCACCUUCACGCUGGAGGAAUCAAUACCUUCGUUAGCGUCGGACUCGGAUCGAGAUAAUGCGGAUCGGGUGCGAAUGCGGAAAGCAGCAUCUACGUCGUCUUCCUGCACGGCGCUGCCGCGCGAUGACAAUGGGAAACAUAACGAAUGUGCGGACCCAUCGCCAGGAAUCAAUCGUGCCGAUCACGAUGACAACCGCAUCCGUCACCGUGCGAGCACGGUUUCGGAUUACAACGCCGGCCCUGAUGGACGCCGGAAGCUGACCGCGGCCACGGACGCUGUCGCGAAAUGGCAGCGCGAUGAUAAAGAACGCCAUCGCAGCUCGUCGAAAAGCUGGAGGACGGAUGAGGCCGGCGAUAAAUAUGCCCAUCGAGAGGAAUGGACGGCCAGUCGGAGCACAACGACGACACACGACGAUGACCAUCAGCAAUUCGACGCCAAGCUUGACGAAAACAUAACACUCCCGGUGUCACCGCGCCCAUUCCAGCACAAUCUGUCCAUCGCGCAACUAUCGGAGGACGAUUCGUUGACGUCGUCGUCGUGAUGCGGUGUCGUCCCAGAGCAGUCGAGCAAAAUUUACCAAGCAAUUACAAACCAAAUAAAAAAGAACCAGUACCGGUGGAGCACGCGGAGGCUGGGGGUUGGGAGCCUGAACUUACUUUGAUGUUUACCCGGACGAAUGGGCGGAUGCGAAGGCGGGUGUUUGAGGUAGGUAAGUGUUUGUGGGAGAGUCGUACAUGGCACAAAUUAAAUUGUUCUCCUUCGUUUGACCGGUUUACUUUCCAUACAUGCGGAGAAGAAGGUCUCGCAGGGCAUCAGCAAUCGUGCGCUAAUUAAUUUCACAUUUUCCAACGGAUUUCGCAGCAUGGUUGGGGUUAAAAUGUUGAACGGACUGGACUUCAUCUUGUGCGGUGUCUUUGUAGUAACUGCACAAGCAUACAUUCAGAAGAAAGUUUAAUUGAGGGUAAAAAGCGAUCGAGGAGUAGUGUCUUCCGUGUAUUGAGUAGGUAGUCAACAGGGUUCCAUGUGGAGGACUGCGUACAGCAGUGGUUAGAGUGCAGGGCGUGUGUCUUACAAGGUACUGGUUCAAAUCUCGAUAUUGACAGUUCUUCAUUGCUAUAUGGGGUAGUACAUUUAAUCGACUUUUAAACGUGCUUGUAGGGUUACUGGAACUAGUCAAAUACCCCAUGCCCAUGAAGUGUUGUGGCGUAUUUAUUCUUCGCUUGGAAACUCCCAAUUUUCUUGAAACUUUUGUUAAGUUAGCACUUUUACGGCUCAACCCCUGCAAACGAUCAGAAUCUGUUUGCCCUCCACAAAUCGAUAGCCAUUAUCAGACGAUAGAGCUUUUAAAGGUCCAUCCCGUCCGAACGUUGCCAACUCGGUUUAAAACAUCGUUCCAAACUAAUCACCACAAAACUAAGCCAUCCAACCCGACAAACCGAUUUUAGUGCAUUUGCCCCAUUGCAUCACAAAGACAAAACUUCACCCCACCAAGAAAAUCCCUUUCCUUCUCUCCGCGUAAACUCGUAAAAUCUCGUUUUUAUGAGCACAAAACUUUUCGCCGUUCUCAAAUCAACUUAUCUUCCUAUCGGACCUUGCCGGUUCUUUGUUUAGCUGACCGAGCCAACACGGUCGGUGAUGAGUAUUUAACUUCUUUAUUUUUUGCUUCCACUUUGUAAAAUCUUACAUUCUGUCCAAAAAUUCUGAUCCCCUGAUGGACCACUCAACAGCUGGGGUCAGAAGAACUGAAGCAACAGCAAAAAAACCGAAUUCUUCUGCCCAACCUCACCCACCGGCAAAAACACGAAAAAGCAAUUAAAGUGAAUUUUAUCACUCCGCAGUUUGGCGCCUCGGAGCUUUGAGAGACCCAACCGAGAUUUACACAAAAAAGAAUUAUGAAAACUUUCUUCACGUAUGAAUUAUUUCCCGUGCGACCUCACCAUUUACCGGUCUUGCAGUUUUGUUUCUCCGUCCGCUGUUGUAAGUACGAUCUUCACGGAAGGCUCUGAUUACGGGUUUGCGCUCAUCUCAUCCACACAAUAGCAUCAUUGUUGUGUUUUCUGUACGCGGAAAAGAAAAUGGAAUCCGGACAUACCGGGUCUUGCAAGUCGUUAAAUUUUUAAUCUUCAAGCGGCCCCAACAUUCCGCGUUUCGAUACACAUGUCCGAUCGUACCGCAUCAAGCAUAAAAAUUCUUUGUCAGAUUUAUCAUGGGAUUUCUAUUACGGUGCAUUUGCCACUGCUCGAAGCAAUAUUAUUCUUCUCCGUGUCAAUUCCCAUUAAAAAGUAAUAAAGCUAGACAAAAUGGCAGACAGUUCUACCCUGCGGAACACCACCACCACACACAAUGCGCUUCCCAUUGCUUCCCUUUCUCGGUAAAGAUAACGGACGGAUGAAGUAAAUCGAAGUUAAAUUUAAAACUUUUCCAUAGCGGAAUGGAAAAACUCGGCGCACAGGGCGAGCGGAGCAUAUAAAAAGCUUCCUGGGCGUGCAGAGAGCUGUCAGUUGAAUGGUGGAUUUGUUAUGUCGUGUGGGACGCUGCGGUUGGAAUGUGAAGUAAACAAGUAGCAAUAAUACGUAUCCGCAACUAAGAAAAACUAUAGGAUAACAGCAAUCGUCAAGGGAUUGUUAUCGUGAAGUGAGUUUGUCAUGCGAAUUGCAUACCGUCACAGCUUUGUUAGUAAAUUUACCAUCAUCGCC